UAUUAUUCAACUCCUUAAACCACCAGAAUUCUGUUUGGUUCCCUCAAGUAUUAAGAAGUAAUUGAGGCAUAAGGAACAAUGAGCUACACAUGUUUGGAUUAAUUAUCUGUUUUUAACACCUUUUCUGACUAUUUAAGCCCCUCCCCAAACUUGUGAACAGCACUCAUACAUGGUCAACAUGGGAAAGACUAAGGAGCAUUUCAAGGCCAUAAGAGACACAAUUGUGGAGGGUCACAAGGCUGGCAAGGGGUACAAAACCCUUUUCAAACUGUUGGGCCUACCUGUCUCCACCAUUGGGAGCAUCAUCCAGAAGUGGAAGGCUAAUGGAGCUACUGUUAACCUUCCACAGCCUAGACAGCCUUUCAAAGUUUUCUCCCGUGCCGAGGCCAGGCUUGUCCGAACAGUCAAGCAUGGUGGUGACACCAUGGCUGAUGACACCUGCUCUGCUCCCUGCUCUGCUCCCUGCUCUGCUCCCUGCUCUGCUCCCUGCUCUGCUCCCUGCUCUGCUCCCUGCUCUGCUCUCUACUACUCUACUCUGGUCUGCUGCUGUGCUGGUCUGCUGCUGUGCUGGUCUGCUGCUGAGAGCUUGCUUUAAUCUUCAGCUUCUACACUUUUCUCUGUUUUCUUCUCUUUUACUCUCUUCACACUUACUAAUCCACUUUUAGUCUGCUUCCUCUUUGCUCUACACACCUAUUAAUCCACUCUCAGUCUACUUUUAUAGACUUUUUCCUCAGGUUUGCUGGAUUAGCUGUUUGCUGCUGCAGUUUGUUUGUGUAAGUUUCUAAUUUCAACUGAAACAAGGUGAGUGCUUUUUUUUCUCCAUGGCUUCUGCUCAGGUUUACACCUGUUUAGAGUGUGGCAUGUAUAGCUUAGAUCCCUUAUCCACCGAUACUGGUAACAAUAGUGGUAUUUGUACUAAGUGUGAGAUAGUUAGCACCUUGGUGGAUAAGGUGAAUAAGUUAGAGCUGCACGUCCGGGGUUUAAUAAGGGAUAGACAGCAGGAUUCACUGUUAGCAGCCCCGGGUGUCUCAGGGAGAGUUAGUACCCCCUCGACUCCGGCCUUAGAGCCCUCACAGCGGGGCGAAUGGGUAACGUCUCGGCGGCAUAGUCGAAAGGCUAAGGCUAAUGCUACCGCAAAGGCCACAGCCAGCCCACCUAAACACCACGCUCCCCCAGUUCACGUGUCAAACAGGUUUGCCCCGCUCAGUGAAGCACCAACUGAGGAGCCUGUUAAAGGUACUCUGGUGAUAGGAGACUCUAUCGUCCGACACGUGAAAUUAGCUACUCCUUUAGGGGCACCAGCGGCAACAGUUACUUGUUUACCGGGAGCCAGAGCACCGGACGUUAGUGGCAACCUCAGGUUAGGGAAUAGGAGAUAUUCGAGGGUAGUAAUUCAUGUAGGGGCCAAUGAUAUUCGUCUGCGGCAGUCUGAAGUAACUAAGGCUAAUAUUAAAGAGGUGAUUAAACAGGCCCAGACGCUGUCCGAGGAGGUAAUCUGCUCUGGCCCCAUCCCAAUGAGGCGUGGUGAUGAAGCUUACAGCAGGCUUUCUUCGCUGAACCGCUGGAUGUCCAAGUGGUGUGCAGAAAAUCAUGUGGGCUUUAUAGAUAACUGGCUACACUUUGAGGGCAAGCCUGGUCUUUUAGGUAGGGAUGGUGUCCACCCCACGCGGGAGGGUGCUGCCUUACUUUCAUGCAGCAUAGCUCAUAGUCUUUUAGUUAGUCGGCAGAGUAGUAUUAGAAGCUGCUGACAAUCCAGAGCCGGGACCAGGCCGCAGACAGAGAGGCUUAACCGACCGUCUGCGAGCUGCAAAGAGACGUUACCUAGAUACCAAUGUAUUCAGACUGUGUCUGUCCCCCGAGUCAAACAAAAACAUCAAAAAACUAAAACAGUAAAUCUAAAUAACUUAACUUAUAUUAAACAAUCAUAUCCAGACUGUAGUACUAACAUUUCAAGCCUAAAGAUUGGUUUACUUAAUAUUAGAUCUCUAAAUUCAAAAGCAGUUCUGGUGAAUGAAAUGAUAACUGAUCAGAAAUUCGAUGUUCUGUGUCUGACAGAAACCUGGAUUAGGCCAAAUGAAUAUGUAGCAUUAAAUGAAGCCACCCCUGCAGGCUAUAAUUAUAUACACAAUCCGAGAUUGUCCGGUAGAGGAGGUGGGGUCUGCAUAUUUUUCCAAAGUACCUUAGUUAGCAAUCAGAAACACUAUGAUAAUUUUACUUCUUUUGAGCUUCUUUACACCAGUAUAAUUAAUCCAGUUACAAAAAAGAAUGCAUUUUCUUUAAUUAAUAUCUACAGACCACCAGGGCCCUAUUUAGAAUUUUUAAAAGAAUUUAGUGAUUUUGUCACAGACUUAGCAGUAAGUAAUGAUAAAGUGAUUAUAGUUGGAGACUUCAACAUUCAUUUCGAAAAAUUGGAUGAUCCAUUAAAAAAGGCAUUCACAUCGAUUUUAGACUCAGUUGGUAUUAUUCAAAAUAUAACAGGACCUACUCAUUACUGUAAUCAUACUCUGGAUUUAGUUUUGACCCUGGGUGUGAGCAUAGAUAACCCGAAUAUUCGUUCUCAAACCUCCGCAAUUUCAGAUCAUUACCUUAUUUCAUUUAAAUUACAUCUUAGUCAUAAUAUACGUACAUCCCCUAGCUACCCUGUAAAACGUUCAAUUACGCCUUUUACAGCCCAACAAUUUACAGAUAAGCUUCCAGACUUAUCAACUCUAAUAUAUUCUCCUAUAGACCCAGUAGAACUAGACAAACUAACCGAAGGUUUAGAAAAUACCUUUCGCUCUACCUUAGAUGUUGUAGCACCCCUUAAACACAAAAUAGAGAGACAGAAAAAGCUCGCACCGUGGUACAAUGAUCAAACUCGUACCUUAAAGCAGUUAGUACGAAAUUUAGAGCGUAAAUAUCGAUCAACUAAACUGGAAGUGUUUCACUCUGCGUGGAAAGACAGUCUUGUUAAAUAUAGAAAAGAACUAAAUAAAGCCCGUUCAGCGUAUCUGGCCUCACAGAUCGAGAUUAAUAAAAAUAAUCCUAGAGUUCUCUUUAGUGUUAUUUCCAAAUUAACUAAAAACCAGGCAGGUACUGAACCUCAGAUUCCAGUCAUUUACACCAGCAACGAUUUUAUGGACUUCUUCAAUAGUAAAAUUGAAAACAUUCGGGAUAAAAUUAAACAGAUAAAUAUUACAUCCUCUCUGUCAUCUGGUCUGGCUGAUCUAGAACAAAACCCUGUUACUGAAGUUAGGUUGGAAGUCUUUAACCCACUUCCACAGCUAGAACUAGAGAAAAUUAUCUCCUCUUCAAACAGCACAACCUGCACACUUGAUGCUGUUCCCACAAAAUUACUAAAACAGGUACUGCCAGAUAUAAUUAAACCUCUGUUAAUGAUAGUAAACUCAUCGCUCACCCUGGGCCAUGUACCCAAAGCCUUUAAAACAGCUGUAAUUAAACCUCUGAUCAAGAAACCAAAUCUUGAUCCUAGUGUACUGUCUAACUAUAGACCUAUUUCAAACUUACCCUUUAUUUCUAAGAUUUUAGAAAAAGCUGUAGCCCAACAACUUUGCUCUUACCUGCAAAGAAACCAGAUCUAUGAAAAAUUUCAAUCUGGAUUUAGGCCUUAUCAUAGCACUGAGACAGCUUUAGUUAGAAUAACAAACGAUCUACUUAUAGCCGCCGACCAAGGCUGUGUUUCCUUACUCGUACUUCUCGAUCUGAGCGCAGCCUUUGAUACAAUAGAUCAUACUAUCCUUUUAGAAAGACUAGAGAACAUGGUCGGUGUAACCGGAAGUGCCUUAGCAUGGUUUAAAUCGUACUUAACCGAUCGCUAUCAGUUUGUGAGGUUAAAUGAUAUGUCUUCCAGUUAUACCAAGGUAAGAUAUGGAAUUCCACAAGGCUCUAUAUUAGGACCGUUAUUAUUUACAUUAUAUAUGCUCCCACUGGGCAAAGUUAUUAGAAAACACAAUGUGAAUUUUCAUUGUUAUGCGGAUGACAUGCAGCUCUUCAUAUCAGCCAAACCUGAUGACAGAGUGAGAUUAAAGAAAAUCGAGGAUUGUGUAGAAGAUGUAAAAUCAUGGAUGUCGCACAACUUCCUCCUAUUAAAUAGUGAUAAAACAGAAGUUCUCCUAUUAGGCCCCAAAGCUGCUAGAAAUAAAUUAUCAGACUUAAUGCUAAAUCUGGCUGACUUCUCAGCCACCCCUGGUUCAGCAGCUAAAAACCUUGGAGUUAUCAUAGAUUCAGAUCUAGCAUUCGAUAAACACAUAUCUAAUGUUACUAGAACAGCUUUUCUACACCUCCGUAAUAUUGCCAAGCUAAGAAAUGCCCUAUCACUGCAUGACGCAGAAAAAUUAGUCCAUGCCUUCAUUACCUCAAGGCUAGAUUAUUGUAAUGCACUACUGUCUGGAUGUUCCGGCAGUAACUUAAAUAAACUUCAGCUAGUUCAAAAUGCUGCAGCCAGGGUCCUUACUAAAACUAGAAAAUUUGACCAUAUUAGUCCAGUACUAUCAGCACUGCACUGGCUUCCAGUCAAAUUCCGCAUAGACUAUAAAAUUCUCCUGUUAACGUAUAAAGCCCUACAUGGACUCGCUCCUGAGUAUUUACAAGACCUCAUCUCCUGUUAUGAACCACCGCGAUUACUCAGAUCUCAGGGUGCUGGUUUAUUAGUAGUUCCUAAAAUUCAGAGGAGCUCUGCAGGAGGAAGAGCUUUCUCUUAUAAAGCGCCUCAACUCUGGAAUAAUCUCCCCGAAUAUGUUCGGGACUCAGACACAGUCUCAAUCUUUAAGUCUAGACUGAAAACUUACUUGUUUAGUUUAGCUUUUGGUAAUUAAUGUUUUUCCCUUUAGAUAAGGCUGCAGAUUCAGGGGUUCAUGGACAGAGGAAACUGUGGUAAACUGAGAUGAUGGUGCUGUUGUUCUCCCACUGCACACGGUCACUCAGGUUUGUGGACGGUGGAGUGGGUGGAUGCUGGUGUUUCAGGGUGCCUCCAUGUCUAUGUUACCUUCUGGCUCUCUGCCUUUAGUUAGGCUGGUUUAUUCAGUUCUGCCGGAGUCAUUUGCCACACUCUGAUAAUGUUUUAAUAUUCUCAGUUUUGCAUAAAUCCAGUCAAAACUAAUUCCAUCUCUCUGCUUUCCUCCGAGUUACUGACUGCCCACCUGUCUGACCCGAUAACGAUGUUGGACCCUCAGGCUCUCGCGUCUCCUGUCCGGCCAGACUGAUGGAAGUUUCUGAAGUCAGCUCUUCUCCACCACCACCACAGAUCAGCUGCUCAUCGACCAUCUUACUCUCCACUACAGAUUACAUCCAAGCCAUUAGUGGCGCUAUUACACUCCUGAGUACAUAAAACCUAUAUGGAUGUAUAAAAGACUUUUUAAAUUUUAAUUUAAAAGCCGUUUGACCAGUGGUAGGAUGGUCCCCCCUCAAAUGUGAGUCUUGGUCCUCCCAAGGUUUCUUCCUCCUCCUGCAGCUCUGAGGGAGUUUUUCCUUGCCUCCGCGCUCACUGGGGGUUCUGUAUUAUGUAUAUUCUAUGUGUAAUGUUUUGCCUGAUUCUUUGUCCUGUAAUCAUGUUUCUGUAAAGCUGCUUUGUGCCAACACCUGUUGUAAAAAGCGCUAUACAAAUAAAUUUGAUUUGAUUUGAUUUGAAGA